AUGCGCGCAGACGUCAAGAAAACCUGCAAGCGCAUCGUCGGAGCAACCGACGAGGACUCUGCCUCCGUCAUCUCCCCCCGGGAUUGGGUCAGAGGGUCCGCCUCCAACCCCCUCCAACGCAUCGUCGACUACGUCGUCGCGCUCUUCCCCGUCUUCAGUUGGAUCACCCGCUACAACCUCGGAUGGGCCAGCGGGGACAUCAUUGCGGGCCUGACGGUUGGUAUCGUCGGUGUCCCCCAGAGCAUGUCCUAUGCGCAGAUCGCAACGCUUGAUCCGCAAUACGGUCUCUACUCUUCAUUCGUUGGCGUUCUGGUAUACUGCUUCUUCGCCACUUCCAAGGAUGUUUCCAUCGGUCCCGUCGCCGUCAUGUCUCUCACGGUCGCCCAAAUCAUCAAGCACGUUACCGAGGCCCAUCCCGACGAGAACUGGUCGCAUCCGCAGAUUGCGACCACCCUCGCCUUCGUUUGCGGCUUCAUCGUUCUGGGCAUCGGUCUCCUCCGCCUCGGAUGGCUCGUCGAGUUCAUCCCCGCCCCCGCAGUCAGUGGAUUCAUGACCGGUUCGGCACUCAGCAUCGUGUCUGGGCAGGUGCCAGGUCUUCUCGGCCUGAGUGGCUUCGACACCCGCGCUGCGACGUACAAGGUCAUCAUCAAUUCACUGAAGCAUUUACCUCAGACGAAGCUGGACGCGGCGUUCGGGUUGACGGGCCUCGUUUCGCUUUACAUCAUUAGGUGGGCUUGCGAGAAGCUUGGAAAACGUUAUCCUUCACGAGCGCGCAUGUUCUUCUUCAUGUCUGUGUUCCGCAACGCCUUCGUGAUUGUCGUCCUCACCAUUGCGGCGUGGCUGUUUGCUCGCCACCGGAAGGAUGCGGCCGGGAACUACCCGAUCAAGGUUCUCAAGGACGUGCCGCGGGGUUUCCAGCAUCUCGGCCCUCCCACCAUCGACCCCAAGCUCAUCUCCGCGUUGGCGGGUGAGUUGCCUGUUGCGACGAUCAUCCUAUUCCUGGAGCACAUUGCCAUUUCCAAGUCCUUCGGACGUGUCAACGGCUACAAGAUCGACCCGAACCAGGAGCUGAUCGCCAUUGGCGUCACCAACACCAUCGGCACCCUUUUCGGCGCGUACCCGGCGACCGGCUCUUUCUCCCGCUCUGCGCUUCAGUCCAAGUCCGGCGUGCGCUCGCCCGCAUCCGGUCUCUUCUCUGCGGUCGUCGUCAUCGUCGCGCUCUACGCGCUCUCCGCGGUCAUCAUCCACGCCGUCGCCGAUCUCGUUGCUUCCCCGCGUCAGGUGUACUCCUUCUGGCGCGUCUCGCCCAUCGAGUUCGUCAUUUGGGUCGCCGCCGUGCUCGUCACCGUCUUCGCGACGAUCGAGGAUGGCAUCUACACCUCCAUCGCCGCCUCGCUCGUUCUGCUCCUCAUCCGCGUCGCGCGCCCGCGCGGUCACUUCCUCGGACGCGUUACCCUGCACAACGCCAAGGAAUCCAGCUCGCGUGAUGUGUACAUCCCGAUGCAGCCCAACAAGUUCCUCAUGAACCCCGACGUCAAGGUCUUCCCCCCGUCGCCAGGCGUGAUCGUCUACCGGUUCGAGGAGAGCUUCCUUUACCCGAACUCGUCGUUCGUCAACGACGCGAUCGUCGACUACGUCAAGGAGUCCACCCGCCGCGGCAAGGACAUGACAGGCGUCAAGGCCGACGAUCGCCCCUGGAACGACCCGGGCACGAAGACGGAGGGGGACAACUCGUCAAAACCGAUUCUCCACGCUGUCGUCCUCGACUUCUCCGCGGUAUCCCACAUGGACACCACCGGCGUGCAGUCCCUCAUCGACACGCGCACCGAGGUCGAGCGCUGGGCCGACCGCCCGAUAGAGUUCCACUUCGCGACCAUCCUCUCGCCCUGGAUCCGCCGCGCGCUCGUCGCAGGCGGCUUCGGCGUCGGCUCCGACACGAUCCACAUGCACGAGGAGAUCGCGCCCGUCACCCGCUACCACGACCAGUACAUCGCCGACCCAGAGCACACCGAGCCCGCCGCCGCCGACGCGCACGUCUCCAAAGACGUCGCCGAGAUCCGCCGCGACGACCCCGAGGCCGGCACGCGCGUCAUGGCGAUCUCCGUCCGCUCCUCGACAGACGGCACCGUCGCGUCCGCGCUGCCCUCGGCCGGGCUCGGCCCCGGGGCCGAGGCGGCGCUCAUGAUGCUCCCCGACACGCCGUUCUUCCACCUCGACCUCGCGUCCGCGGUGCGCGCGGCGGAAAAAGGGGUCUCGCGCCCCGCGUCGCUCGCGCCGUCGGUGCGCAAGAAAUGA